CCAGGUUCGAGAUUCAACCAUUUCGCACAGCUGCUCAUAUUGCUGUGGAUCUGUUUGAAGUUAUUGAUGAUCUAGCCAUUCCAGGAUGAUUUACGUCUGCCUCCGCAUCCGCUAAUGUCCUGAGAAUAUUAGAAAGCGCAACAACAAUUCCGACAGUCUUCAGAGCCCUAUCUCCUCAGCGCAUGCUGCCCUACUCCUUACUCUUUUAAACGACACAUCAAAGAUCACCAUGAAAGCCGUCCUACAACGAGUCAAGUCCGCCUCGGUCACCGUGGAUGGCCACCUAAUCUCCUCAAUCGGACAAGGCAUUCUCGUCCUUGCCGGCGUAGGAAAGGAAGAUACCGAGAAAGAUGCCGACUCAAUGAUCGGGCGGGUAUUGAAGGCGAAGCUAUGGCCCGACGAGAACGACAAAUCGUGGAAGAAGAACGUGCAGGACAUAAAUGGAGAGAUUCUCUGCGUAUCCCAAUUUACACUCUACGGCCACCUUAAAAAGGGCAACAAGCCCGACUUCCAUGAAGCCGCCGACGCGGAGACCGCGCGCAAACUGUAUGAUUACUUCAUUCAACGGUUGAGCGAGUCGUACAAGCCCGAACGGGUGAAGAACGGGGUCUUCCAGGCGAUGAUGGAGGUCGAAUUGAAGAACGACGGGCCGGUGGGUGUAGAUUACCGCAGUGAAGAUGCGGUGGUUACGAUCGAGAUUAAUACGCAAUUACCGAAGAAGGAGAAAAAGGAACAACCGCCUGGCAAGGAGGAUGGAAAGCCGCAGACAUUCGAGUUUAAGUUGCCGGCGGAGUUGAUGGAGUGAACUGUUUCUUC